CCGGAGCCGGAAGCGGCGGCGGACGCGGCCAGGCCCGGUGGUGCCGGAGCGCUGCGGCCCCGCCAUGAGCCGGCCGCCGGCCCUGCAGGUGCAGACCUGCGGUCCCUGGGAGAUGAAGGAGCGCCUGGGCACCGGCGGCUUCGGCAACGUCAUCCGCUGGCACAACAAGGAGACCGGCGAGCAGGUGGCCAUCAAGCAGUGCCGGCAGGAGCUGAGUCCGCGCAACCGAGACCGCUGGGCGCUGGAGAUCCAGAUCAUGAAGAGGCUGAACCAUCCCAACGUGGUGGCUGCCCGUGACGUCCCUGAAGGGAUGCAGAAGCUUGCACCCAAUGACUUACCCCUGCUGGCCAUGGAGUACUGCCAAGGCGGAGACCUCCGCAAGUACCUGAACCAGCUGGAGAACUGCUGCGGCUUGCGGGAAGAAGCUAUCCUCAUCCUGCUCUCUGAUAUUGCUUCUGCUCUCAGGUACCUUCAUGAGAACAGGAUCAUCCACAGGGACUUGAAACCAGAGAACAUUGUGCUGCAGCAAGGAGAGCAAAGGCUGAUACACAAAAUCAUUGACCUCGGGUACGCCAAGGAGCUGGAUCAGGGCAGCCUGUGCACGUCCUUUGUUGGCACUCUGCAGUACUUGGCUCCAGAGCUGCUGGAGCAGCGGAAGUACACGGUGACAGUGGAUUACUGGAGCUUCGGCACGCUGGCCUUUGAGUGCAUCACUGGGUUCCGACCCUUCCUACCCAACUGGCAGCCAGUGCAGUGGCACACCAAAGUGCGCCAGAAGAGCGAGCUGGAUAUUGUAGUUUCAGAAGACUUAUCUGGAGAAGUCAAAUUUUCUAGCAGUCUACCCUGCCCAAACAACCUGAACAGCGUUUUGGCUGGGAGGCUGGAGAAAUGGCUGCAGAUGAUGUUGAUGUGGCACCCACGGCAGAGAGGCACAGAUCCUACCUAUGGACCCAAUGGGUGCUUCAAAGCUUUGGAUGACAUUUUGAACUUGAAGCUGCUUCAUGUUUUGAACAUGGUUACGGGCACUGUGCACACCUACCCUGUGACGGAGGAGGACACUCUGCAGACUGUGAAGGCCAGGAUCCAGGCAGACACUGGGAUCCCAGAGCAGGACCAGGAGCUACUGCAGGAAGCUGGACUUGCAUUGUUUUCCCAGAAGCUGGACACUAAACACAUAGCUGACAGCAAAGUGAAUGAUGCUGCAGCUGCAGACACAAACCUCCUCUUCCUCUUCGACACGCAGAAGGUUGCCUACGAGGCUCAGGUCGCUUUGCGUCCUCAUCCCGAGAGUGUGGACUGCAUCCUCCAGGACCCAAAGAGGACUCUGCACUUCUUCCAGCUGCGGAAGGUGUGGGGGCAGAUCUGGCACACGAUCCGGACGCUGAAGGAGGACUGCAACCGGCUGCAGCAGGGGCAGCGAGCGGCCAUGAUGAAUCUCCUGCGUUACAACAGCACCCUCUCCAAGAUGAAGAACUCCAUGGCCUCCCUUUCCCAGCAGCUGAAAGCAAAGCUGGACUUCUUUAAAACAAGCAUCCAAAUUGAUCUGGAGAAGUAUAAAGAGCAGAUUGAAUUUGGAAUUACUUCUGAGAAGCUGCUGUUUGCCUGGAAAGAGAUGGAGCAAGCUGUGGAGCUGUGUGGGCGAGAGGAUGAUGUGGAUCAGCUAGUGAAGAAGAUGAUGGCCCUGCAGACAGACAUUGUGGACCUGCAGAGAAGCCCACUAGGUCGUAAACAAGGAGGAACCCUGGAGGACUUAGAGGAGCAAGCCAGGGAGCUGUACCGGAGGCUGAGAGAGAAGCCAAGAGACCAGAGGACCAGUGGUGACAGCCAGGAAAUAGUCCGACUGCUGCUGCAGGCAAUCCAGACCUUUGAAAAGAAAGUCAGAGUCAUUUAUGCUCAGCUCAGUAAAACUGUAGUUUGCAAGCAGAAGGCACUGGAAUUGUUCCCCAGAGUGGAGAAAGUGAUGAAUCUGAUGAAUGAAGAUGAGGAAACAGUUGUUAGGCUUCAGGAGAAGCGACAGAAGGAGCUGUGGAACUUGCUGAAAAUUGCUUGUAGCAAAGUUCGUGGUCCUGUGACUGGCAGUCCGGAGAGCAUGAGCACCUCACGUCUUGCUGGCCCUGGCCAGCUGCUGCUGCAGCUCCCUUCAGGAACCUACAACUUGUCAGAAUCUGUCAGGAAAAGUGAGGAGCUGCUGCUGGAAUCACAGAAACUCUGUAGCCAACUUGAAAAUGUGAUGCACGACACAAUGAAGGAUCAGGAGCAGAGCUUCAUGGCCUUAGACUGGAGCUGGCUGCAACUCCAGGUAGAAGAAACAAACAGUCCAGAACAAACCCAGAUGUAAAAUCACUUUGGUUGCCUCUGAAGAUGUGCUGCUUCAGGAAGCCAACUGUGAAAAGCUGCUGCCUCUGAGAAGGGAAGUUCAAGUGCCUCCUUCUCUUGCCACCUGCUGCUUCUCUGACCCACGUGGCCUAGCUUUUAGUACCCACCUCUGGGACGCAUUUUCCACGAAGCCAGAGGAGGAGAUGCCUGCUGCAGCUGCUUGGGAGAAGGGCUGGAUCGUGCCUUAAGACAGCAGACUCUGUCCUGCUGCAUCUUCCCUUGGGCAUCACCUGUGGUUUGUUUUGCUGCCUUUUAAGCUUUCUGAAGAAGAAAGGCAACACCUGCAAUCAGCUUGCACAGUCAGUGGUAGAUGUCACCUUCCUAAGAGACUUGAACUGUGAACUUGGUUUCUUAACUUUGCUGAUUUGCACUUUCCCCCCAAGUGUAAUGGUUGUGCCUCCCUGAUACUUGUUUCCUGUAUGGGAACGAACCUCACACAUGUAAACUUUGAGUUUGCUUUUUGAUACUCUCAAUAACAGU